AUGGCGUGCCGAGCAAGCCUUUUGUUGGGGGGCGAAUGGGGCGCACCGGGCACAACGCACUUCCCGGUUUCGUCCGCCUCCACUCCCCUUCCGGCACUCGGUGAUGCGUGGAUGCGAGCUGACGUCGUGGGUGGGCAGGCCCUGGGUCCAGUCACCACACAAGCACUGAGACACGAGGCAGACUCGGCAAGGGACCAUGAUGUAACUGUUCUGGUCUGGUAUCGCCGUGGCGUCGAUCGGACUGGACUGCCGAGAACUUCUGGAACCCUUCGCUGCAGCACGCCUCUCACGCCGCAGGAUGGCGGCUUUGAAUCCUGCAAUUGA